AUGUUCGGAAGUUACGGUACGGGAAAUGGUAAUGGCAAUAAAUUGAAUUUACGAACUGAAAUCCUGGAAGGAUUAUUGGCAUCGAUGGGUGACGGAAAAAAUGCAAAAGUGAAUUUACUGAAACAAACAAUCAUGCGAAAUAAGACGGAUAUGGCGGGUGAUGCUUUUCGUUCGCUCGAUUUAAUGCGACAGGUUUUUCAAUCCGAAAUGACUAAUGAAUUUCGGCAAAUUAUUGAACGACAUUUAAGGACAACUUUUUCUCCAGCAUUGGAAAAUCUUCGGAGAAAUGGAUUGGAAGUAACAGAGGAUGAUAUCAAAUGUUUGUGCCGUAGCAUUCUUGAAGCAGCUAAAAAGCCAUUUCUCUGUGAGAAACAGAUGGAAGGUUUCUCGGAAAGAGGACUAGAAUCUCCAAAUUUUCCGGUUAGUACUGAAUCAGAUCUAGAUAGCGAAACAAGUGUUGUUAAUUAUGUCGUACAUCAUCGUUCAACAAACAUUCCUCCACGAGGAAGAAAACGUGGCCGUCCUCCUAAAACGGAUAAUCCUGGUAGAAGUACUCCGUCGUAUGUCCAAAUUAGUGAAAUGGUCACUGAAUUAGAUUUGGCCAAGUGGAAUCCGGAUCGUGUAUAUUCAUCAUCACAAUUUAUCCUUAUAUCAAAAUUUUCCCGAAUGCUGAUGUUGCGCAAUUAUCAAGAGUUACUCAUGAGAUAUCCAACUAUUUUCCGGUACAGUGGUGAUGAGAUGGAUCGAAAAUGGCUGAUCAAAAAUGGACUUACAACUCGAUUAAAUGGGAAAAUUUACUUGGUGUUGCUGAAUGAUGCAGCUGAAAUUGCCAGCGCAGAAGGACUUUCAUGUGUGGUUGAUGUUUUGAAAUGCUUCGCGUUUUGCGUACCGCCAUCAAUGAUUCUGAAAAUGAAGCAAGAAAUGCGAAAAGUUUUCGAUACUUCAAAAAGCGGUUAA